CUCUCUUGGUCCCCUGAUGUUUUCUCCUCCAGUUUCAUUGCGCUCUGUGCACUAAUUAGUAAUUACACAGAGAGGAACACAGCAACCGAUUAUACUCUACUUUUUUGCUGUUUCCAAUUCCCAAAUGUCGGCAAUAAAGAGCCCCCCAUCGAGCAAAUUGUUUACGUUAGGGCUCGUAUCAGCAUGGUACUCAUCGAACAUUGGUGUGUUGUUACUCAACAAAUACUUGUUAAGCAAUUACGGAUUCAAGUACCCAAUAUUUCUUACAAUGUGUCACAUGUCCUCCUGCGCUUUGCUCAGCUACAUCGCCAUUGCAUGGAUGAAAAUAGUCCCUUUGCAGACCAUCCGAUCUCGUGUUCAAUUCGUUAAAAUCUCUGCUUUGAGUCUAAUCUUCUGUGCCUCGGUUGUCAGUGGUAAUAUCUCGCUUAGGUAUUUGCCUGUAUCGUUUAAUCAAGCAAUUGGCGCUACGACGCCAUUUUUCACGGCGGUGUUUGCGUACCUCAUGACUUUGAAGAGUGAAGAUUGGCUUACGUAUAUCACCCUCAUUCCUGUAGUCACCGGCGUUGUUAUCGCCAGUGGGGGCGAGCCAAGUUUCAAUCUGUUUGGAUUCAUAAUGUGUGUUGGUGCGACAGCUGCCAGAGCACUCAAAACCGUGGUACAAGGGAUAUUGCUUACUUCUGAAGGUGAGAAGCUGAACUCCAUGAAUCUCCUUCUGUACAUGGCUCCUAUUGCUGUCAUACUCCUGCUUCCAGCAACAAUGUACAUGGAAGAGAAUGUGGUCGGCAUAACAAUAGCACUCGCUAGACAAGAUUUUGGGAUCAUUUGGCUCUUGAUUUUCAACUCUUCACUUGCUUACUUUGUGAAUUUAACCAAUUUUUUGGUCACAAAACAUACAAGCGCCCUUACACUUCAGGUCCUUGGAAAUGCAAAGGGAGCAGUAGCAGUAGUUGUCUCAAUAUUAAUUUUUAGGAAUCCUGUUUCUGUGACUGGGAUGGCUGGCUACACACUCACAGUUCUUGGUGUUAUUCUCUAUGGAGAAGUUAAGAAACGUAGCUCCAAAUGA